GUUUAUGGCCUUUAUUCUUCUUGUUUACAGGCAGCAUUCUGUGUCAUAUUCCUGAUAUUACUUGUUCAAGGAGAAAAUGAAAACGAAGUCAGUGAGACAGACAUGGAAUUGCAAGGUGCUUGAUAAUUAUUUCUCUCUCACACAAAUUCAAAUUGAGUUGAAAACGAACCUUUAUCACUGACUGUAUCUAUGUGUUCGUCUAUAAAUUCUUUUUAUUUUCCAGGCCAUAAUCUCAGAGAAAAGAGGAGCGUCGGGUGGUGGGGAAGGAGGAGCCGCCGUCAUUACCGCCCCUCUUACCGCCGCCGUUACCAUUACCGUUAUGGUUACUGCGCACGCUAUUGGGGUAAGUAGCUUAUUCUGUUUUUAUUAAAAUAAAUCAGCUAAAAAAUUUCUUUUACAGUGAACGCGUUAUGCACUCUGAUGGUAAAUGGCGAUGUAACGUCGUGCCCAGAUCCUGCCGUUUAAGUAACCGAAAUGCCUUUUCAGACUUUGGGGCAUAUUUCGCCAAACCUAAGGAUCCUGUCACGAAAGAACAACGAACCGACGCCAUUUCUUCUAUUCCUUGCAAUGACUGUGACAACCAAUACAUUGGACAGACCAAACAUCAGUUUGGUACACGUUUAAAAGAGCACCAAAAAGCGGUUUUUCUUUGCAAAAAGGAAAAUUCAGCUUUAUCGGAGCUACAUGCCUAACUAACCAUACAAUUGGGUGGGAUAAUUCUAAAAUUAUCACCACUAAUCGGCGUUACCACUAGCGCCUUUGUUUGGAGGCUUGGCAUAUUAACUCCGCCCACGCUCCUUUAAAUCGUGACGAUGGCGGUUUGCUUCCUGACGCCUAUUUACACCUCGUCAGAAAAAAGGCCGCUAAUUUGUGAUCAUAUAAAAGGACCUCUUGUUGCAGCGUUUAGAUCACCCCUGAUGAAGGCACUAGACAGGAGUGUCGAAACGUUGGGUCUAUGACUUGUAACUUCUUCGGUUACAUUCAUUAAAUCUGCAAACCAGAGUAGCGUCAAACUAUGUCUGCAACUAACUGUGUUUUUCUUAAACAGGAAAAAGGAAGUAUUACAUACUCAAAUCUGUACUGAAAGAAGUAGACUGCUUGAAUAAUACAAAUUGCCAAGAAAGUCAAGUCAAAAUCUUUGGUAAGUAUCACGUGAAGUUACUAACCUUGAUUAGAGCUAGACCAACAACAAAAUGCUGAAAAAGUAAGUAAUCCAUGCCAGAAACGGAGGGGAGACACUAUUUCCAGAGAAAUGCCUGAUAGAGAAAGCAUUUCUACCUAAACAAAUGACGCAAUUACCAAGUAAGCCGAAGCAUAAUCAGAUCUUGAGUUUAGGUUGCUACUGAUUAAACCUUUCACUCCCAAGAUAUCAUUAUUUAUUCUCCUUAAUGUCUGCCAUGUCAUUCUCAUUAUGUUUGUUUAGAGAAUUUGGUAGUUGAUGAACUAAUCAUGCCCUCAUUGAUAUGUUUUUCUUUAUUCUCAUCACUUUUCUGCUGAAUAUUGUAUUAAUAUUAUAAGGAGAAAGUCAGUUUUGGUCACACUGGAUGGUAAGAAGUUGGGGGAGAGGUUGAAGGAAUUUGUUUGUGUCAUAAUAAAAUUUACCUGAUCCCCAUUCCCCUUCAUUAGCCAUCAAUUUUCUAUAGUCCUACCUUUAAAUUAUUCUGAUCUUUGUUUGGAUCCCCGGAAAAAGUCAAACAGUUCUCUAGAUAAAGAUUGUUUUUUCCCUAAUUAUUCGAUCCUUAACUAAACUGAUACAUUUCCAUACCAAUUAUUCUGAUCUUUUUCGAAGGAAUUCCAUAGUUCUUUAGAUCAAAGUUGUUCUUAUCACCCUCUUUAUUGUGCAAGUAAAACGGUUAGUACUUUGUUUAAAGCCAGGACGCGCUAUAAACAGAGUUGUACCAUUUAUCAUAUCAAUAACAGGAGAGAUUUUCAAGCCACCCACUCCAGCCCCACCCAUGAGUCCUAUUCCGUCGCCUUCCUCCAGUCCGGUGAUGACCGUAUCGCCUUCAAGUUUACAAGUUGUAUCGUCGAUGCCAGCCGUAUCACCUUCAAGUUCACAAGUUGUAUCUUCGAUGCUGGCCGUAUCACCCACACCAUCCUCCAGCAGUGUAAUGGUUUCACAGACUGUUUAG